GUACCAGUUUAUUUCCUAAUCGGGUUUAGGGUUUCUGCGUGGCUCAGGCUAUACUCUAUAGGUGUUUUAAAGCGGCUUGUUCAUUCUGCGUCUCUCCUUCUCUGAUCUCUCUCUUUCCGCUGCUCUUGGUCUCCCUCCUAGCAUCUUAAAGCAGCAUCAAUGGCGGUUACCUUUUCAGAUCUACACACAGAGCAGGGUGUCAAAUCCGUGGAGGAGCACCUCGUCGGAAAAACUUACGUCUCAGGUGAUCAAUUGUCUGUAGAUGAUGUGAAGGUAUACGCUGCAGUUGUUGAGAAACCCAGCGAUGCAUUCCCUAAUGCUAGCAGGUGGUACGAUUGCGUGGCUUCUCACCUUGCUAAAAGUUUCCCCGGUAAAGCUCUCGGAGUAAGAUUCGGUGGCUCUGCUGCUCCUGCUCCAGCUGCUCAGGCUGAGGCACCUGCAGCUGCAGCAGCUGAUGAUGAUGAUGACAUGGAUCUGUUUGGUGACGAGACCGAGGAGGAAAAGAAAGCUGCAGAGGAGAGGGAGGCUGCUAAGAAGGACACCAAGAAGCCCAAAGAGAGUGGAAAGUCCUCUGUACUCAUGGAAGUAAAGCCAUGGGAUGAUGAGACCGACAUGAAGAAACUGGAGGAGGCUGUUCGCAGUGUUGAGAUGCCUGGUCUUUUGUGGGGAGCUUCAAAACUGGUACCAGUUGGUUACGGGAUCAAGAAACUAACGAUCAUGCUCACCAUUGUUGAUGACCUCGUGUCCCCUGACAACCUCAUUGAGGACUACCUCACCUCAGAGCCUAACAACGAGUACAUCCAGAGUGUUGACAUCGUCGCAUUCAACAAGAUAUAGAGACUUUAAACCUCUCUCCCUACCAUAAGAUACUUGAUUUUCUUUCCAAGUUUUGUUCUUCUGUGCUGUUUGCUGAGAUGUUUAUUUUCUAGUUGCAAGACUUCUUUCAUGUUACAAGAAACAUAAACUAUCAAUGCUUAUUAUUAUUUCCUUUGCA